CGUGUCACUACCUGCACUUCCUCUUCUUCUUUAAAACAUCUCUUCUCCACCUCUAUCUCUUGCCUCUUUCUCCGUUAUCAUCUCAUCUUUGAUCUCCGACGCCAUUAUAUCAUCUAUGGCUGAUCGUUCACCGCCACACCAGGUUCAGGUGCACCAACUGCUCCGCCAUGAUCCAGCCUACAAGGGUCCGCAGAAGGGUCCUUCAGCCUCUAAAGUGAUAGCGGUUGUCACCCUUCUCCCCGUCGGCGGUGGGCUUCUUGCACUUGCGGGUAUAACUCUAGUUGGUACCCUCAUCGGCUUAGCUAUUGCAACACCUCUGUUUUUUAUCUUCAGCCCAGUUCUUGUUCCGGCUGCUUUUGCCAUUGGACUUGCAAUGGUGGCGUUUCUAGCUUCUGGGGCUUGUGGGCUGACGGGGGUGACAUCGCUGUCGUGGGUGUUGCAGUAUCUACGGCAAGCAACGCGAGCCAUGCCGGAGCAGCUAGACCAGGCAAAGAAGCGCAUGCAAGAUAUGGCUGGUUACGUGGGACAGAAGACUAAGGAAAUGGGACAAGAAAUCCAGAAGAAAGCACAUGAAGGGAAAUGAUAAAUGAAUAAAAGGAGUUAGGGUUUGAAAUUAGAGAGGUUUGGUUGUAUGUGUGGGUAAUUAAAGGGGUUGGUUUAUAAUUUUCAGUUAUGAGGUAGAUGAAGUUGUUUUGUUGCCGUUGUUGUUUUUGUUCUUUGCUUUUGCCUGAAUUUUAAUGUAUGUUUCAUGUUCGUUUAUUAUAUUAUUGCAUGUAAUGUUAAGUUGAAUAUAUUGGUUUUCAUAUCU